CUCGAGUUGACUGGCGUCUCGCGCGCGCCGGGGCAGCGCAGGAGCAGGAGCCGCAGCUGAUGCUGUGCAGCUCUCGUGGGGUUGCUCUCGGGAGGGAGGGGGAAGCCGAGCGUCGCUCUCUCUCUCUCUUUCUCUCUCUCUCUCUCUCUCUCUCUCUCUUUCGAGUGGGUCUAAGCGGCCGUGAGAGGGCCUCUCCAGGAGAGCCCCAACAGUACUCUCCAUUCAUUCAUCCAUACAGCAUAGCGGCAGCAGUGAGCGAGCGAGCGAGCCUCUACGUAGCCUGUGCCUAGCUAGCUGAGCGAGCGAGCCCUGGAGCCGACGAGAGCGCCGCCGCCGUACCGCAGCUGGUCCUAUACUACUACUACUACUACUACUACUACACUACUACUCGGCGGCCGGGUUCGAGUAGAAGGAGCGAAAGAGAGAGAGAGAGAGAGCGCGAGAGUGCGCGCCAGAGAGGGACUCGACACGAGAGCGCGAGUCCCAGCGCCGCCGGAAGAGACAACAACCCUUGGCUCCGCAGCAGCUCUCUGUGCCGGUGCCGCUGCCGCUGCAGCAGCAGCAGCCAGCGACGCAGUCUAUAUACCGUGGAUAUCUCUUACCGUCCUCUCGAGCCAGCCGAAGAGAGAGAGAAAGUGAGAGAGAGAGAGAGAGAGAGAGAGAGAGAGAGAGAGAGAGAGAGCGACGAGAGACUUGAUCUCGCGCGCGCGGCCGGGCCCGCGACGACACAUAUCUCCGAGUGCUCCGAGUCCGCGUCGUGCCACAGUGUUAUAUACGCAGCCGCUUCGCGCUCGGCCUCUCUCACAGGACUGCGUCGCGGUUAUUCCGGGCUCGGCCGCCGGCCGGCCCUGGCCGCGAUUUCGCCGCGAGUGCCGUGAGUAAUAUUGUACGGGUUUAUUGUGCGCUGCGGCAGUGAAGACCAUGACGGAGUGAUAGCCGAGAGCCUUCGGUUUUUAGCUCUCUCGGACAGGCCGCGCGGGAGGAGGAGGAGGAGGAGGAUAUGCCGCUAGGGUUGUAAGGAAGACGUCGCCAAAAUUCUUUGCGGUUCGUACCUGCGCUACUUCGACGGCAGGAGCGUCGAGGUCUUCGCCGAGAUGAGCGGCGGUGGCGGCGGCGGUAGUCAGGCCAACAGCACUGCCGGCAAUGCCAGCUACCACCAGCACCAGCAGCAGCAGCAGCAGCAGCAGCAGCAGACCGAGCUGGAGCAGGCGGGUCUGCUGCCGGAGCUCAACGGCGUCGACCUGGCGAUGAGCCUGUCGCCGAAGCAGCACCAGCACGCCGGCGGUGGACACGUGCAGGGUGGCGCUGGCGGAGCCCACACGACGCCGUUCAGCGUCACCGACAUCCUCUCGCCCAUCGAGGAGUCCUACCGGAAGCUCGAGCUCGCCGCCCAGGGCGUCGUUCCCCACGGCCAGGGCUCGCCGUACAGCAACGCCGGCAACGCCUGCGGGGCCCGGGGAGUCAGCGGUGGCGGCGGCGGCGGCGGCGGCGGCGGCAACACGGGCAGCUCGAGCGCGAGCAGCGGAAGUCCGCCGCUGCACGGCGGCUCGACACCGGGAGUCAGUACGCCGGGGCCCACGAUCGGCGGCGCGGCGAGCGGCGGCGGCGGCGGCGGUGGCGGCGGCGGCAACGGGACCGGUGGAGGGGUGCCCGGCUCUGGCGGCCCGACGCCCGGCAUGAGCGCCAUGGGCAACCCAUACGCGACGAUGCAGCUGACACCGCAGUAUCAGUACUGCGCGGCCGAGCUCUCGCCGUACCAUCACGCGGGCCCCGGCGUGGGCGGCGGGCCCGGGGCCGGCGGCGACCACAUGCGCUCCCACGGCGUAUCCUCGCAUCAUCAUCCCUGGUACGCGCCCGCGCCGCCGACACCCAACGACCCCAGAUUCGCAAUCUCGAGGCUGAUGGGAGCCGCAGCGUCGGCGGGCACGAACAUGGCCGGCUGCUCCGUGGGCCAGUCGAUGGGCGACAUGGCCAAGUCCUCGGGUAUGGGCGUCGGCGUCGGCGUCAGCAUGGGCGUGAGCGCGAUGCAGUUCCCCCUGGCGCAGAGGCGGAAGCGACGGGUCCUCUUCACGCAGGCGCAGGUCUACGAGCUCGAGAGGAGGUUCAAGCAGCAAAAGUACCUCAGCGCGCCCGAGAGGGAACACCUCGCCUCCAUCAUACACCUCACACCCACGCAGGUGAAAAUCUGGUUUCAAAAUCACCGCUACAAGUGCAAACGACAAGCCAAGGAAAAAGCCAUGGCCGAGCAGAACGCCCAGAAUCAGAGCGCGAGUUCGCCACGACGAGUAGCGGUGCCGGUGCUGGUCAAGGACGGCAAGCCUUGCGGCAGCGGAGGCGGCAACGAGGGUGGCCGGGGCGCAGGGGGUGCUGGUGGACCCUCCGGAGCCCUGGCAAGUCCGGCGCCACACAUGGGAGGCGGUGGCAAUCCUCACGGCGGCGGCGGCGGCGGAGGCGGCGGGCAUCACGGAGCCGGUUCCCUGCCGCACCACUCGAUGAACCACGUGAUGAGCGGAAGCCAGGGACUGCAGCACUGCUCGUACACGCGAGUCGCCGCGGCGGCGGCCAACCAGCAGGCGGCCAUGCAGCAGCAGCAGCAACCCCAGUGCGGCGCGUACCUGCCGCUCCAGGGUAGGGCCUGGUAGUGCGCGCCGUCCGCGGCGGCGGGUGCGGCCGUGGCCGCUGCUGCCGCGGCUUACGCUCACGCGGCGCCCAGCGCUGCAGCCGCGGUCGGACCCUGGGCCCUCGCCGCUGCCGCCGCGGACUCCUGGUACCCCCUUGCCGACGACAGUCCGUGAAGUCUAUUCCGGGAGGUUCGUUCCGCACGGGACGCAGAGUUACCCCGCUAAGCAAUAGACACCCGCGUAUACGCUGCAACUCGCAACUCUCGACGUGCCCCCGCACACAGCCCGGUUAUUAUUAUUAUUAUUAUUAUUAUUAUUAUUAUUAUUAUUAUUAUUAUUAUUACUGUGUAUUCGUGCGGGGAUUCGACGACCACUGUGAUAGAGACGCCAUCAGCCGGCGGAAAAGGCAGCUCGAGAGAGAGAGAGAAAGAGUCGCGGGCGUGUGUAUAGAUUGUGAGAUUACAGUCGUCCUUUUUUUAUCAUAUAAAUCAUCGAAAGAACGAUUUUUGAAUUUCUCGCAAAGAUUGUCGCGUGUCUUGUAUACCGGAUUCGUCGAGACUUUGUUCGUUGAUUGAUUCAAGAUCUCUUAAAAAUAAUUUUAGCUAUAUCGUAUACUGCAUCUAUCACAGCGUCGCAUUCUGUAAACUUUGCUCCGCGUGGUUAUUAUUGAAGAGAGAAUCGCGCAAGUGUUGCUAAUUUACAUUUAUAUCCUUUAUUCACUUCGAAGAAGUAUUUUUUGUUGCAUUGUUAUAUUGGACGACAACGAAUGCUUUGUAAAAGCUAGUGUAUUCGAAAUCUUUAUAUCGAGACUCGCGUGCGAGGCACGAUUUCGUUCGGAGCAAGGUCGGUUUGAUUUUUGAAAAUUGUAAAUCUAAGUAAUUAUCGAAGCUAUUUAUAACAAGUGUAAAAUAAUUUAGUCGAAUUCAUAUAAUUAUCAUCUUGAGAUAUGUUACUGUAAAGGGACAAAAACAUUGUAAUUCUAUUGUAAUGCUUAGUUUGUUGUCGGUAGAGGCCAAUCGUAGCUGGUAUAAACGUUGUCACACGCACGCACGCAUUAAUUCCCGACGAUUACAAUAUUUUCCGUACUUUUGUAUAAAUCACCGCUGUACAAGAACCGGGGCACGCAGUGAGUAUCUAUAUAUACACAGCGCUCGUCUGAAAUGCAAUUGUCCGAUUCGCACGUUUUUUCUCGCUGAAAAUGUCCGCGCGCGCGCAUCGCAUACAUGGUACAAAAUACACGCAGGAAGGAAUAGGAAGCGAUGACGAUGGCAAAAAUCCCUCUUGAAAAAUCAAAACGCGGCAGUGGCCGAGAGAGCGAGUAUAAUACAAAUGGAGUAUCGGUUGUAAAAAAAUUGCCAAAAAUAAACUUUUAAAAAGAGAAAAUAGAGCCCUAUCUGUCCCCCAUCGAUGUAUAAUCUGCGCGUGACGAGCGGUACUUAAAUGUCGCAAAACGCGACUGGCGAUUUCGGAUCGGAAUCCGCUGGGAACGACGCGAAUACGAGGGAGAAAAAAGUAAAAAAUAAAAAAUUAAACCGAAACAGAAUGAAAACGGCUCGAUACGCGAAAUUGAAAUAAACCGGUCGAAGAGAGGAAAGAGCGAACGAAUAUAACGCGGACAAAGGGAUAUAUACGAGCACGUACGCACAUAUAUGUGUACCUGCUGCGCUGCACGCAGUGUGCAGGCGCGCGUCGAACCGUCGCGUUUCACCGAGUUAUAUAUACAGGUAUACGUAUAUACAUCGUACACGUAUACCUCGCGCGGGUGCACAUAGUAAUUUAGGUAAAACGCGCCUCGUCCACUCGACUUUCUCUCGCAAUUUUGCGUCACAUUGCCGGAGGAUAGCCGCCGCACCGACGCUGCAGCAGCAGCAGCGCGACACACAAUAUGGAUAUAAUAUAUAUAAAAUAGGAACGAGAGCGGCGAGAGAGAAAGAGUUGGGAAAAAAAUUACACAACGCUCUCUCUCUCUCUCUCUCUCUCUUUCAGCCUCUCUCCGUAGCGCAUGUACAUAAAAAAUGUAGAAUGUCCAGCGAGAAUCGAGUUUUGUGCCGUCCGUUAUGCCGGAUCGCGCCAACGCAUAUUCUGAACUGUAAAAUGAAUGCGAGAGCGAGCGUUUACGUUUAUUUCCUCAAAUUAUAUACAACAAGAAAGCAACGCGCGUGUAUAACCCGUGUGUGCAGAGCUGUGUGAGUGGAUAAUUGUUUGUCAUGUGCGAGUAUUUUUCCAGUGGACGAAAGUAGUUUGCAUCAUCAAUGUCGAUCCAUUACAAUAUGAUUUCGCACACAACUGCGAUUAAUUCUCCUUUCGUCUCUCGUCCAUUCGGAAAAAAGCGAAUCGUCUUGGAAUAUUAUGUAAUAUUAGUUGACGCUUCACGUGAAAGCGAAGCGUAAUAGUAAGAGUGUGUACAUAGCCGCGCAUCAGGUUUCCAGUGACGAUGAAAAUAUGUUUGCGAACAAUUCCACAUGCGCCGCGCGCUCAGUAUAUAUAGGCGAAUCUAAUUAGAGACAGUGUGCGCGAGAGCGAGAGGAAAUUUUAGCUGCAUUUUAGGUGUAAAACGUGUGCGUGUGCGUACGGCUGGCUAAGUUUUAAGUAUUUAGUCGGCUCGAGAUUUCUAUAUAUAUAUAUAUAUAUAUAGCUAAUAUAUAGUACAUAGUCUGCGGACGGAUCGUACGAGAGUAAAAGGUGGUUGAAGAUUGACGAGAUAAAAUGAAAGAACAAACAAACAAAAGAACCUACACACAAGGAAUUAGAGAUUAUUAUUAUAUAUCUGCAAAGUUUUGUAAAUAAUCGAAAGAGAUAUUAAUAAAGCGACGACACUUAUUAUUAUGCGAAA